UCGCUUCCAUUCGGAUGAUCUAUUUCAAAUCUAAUAUGGAUUACAUGAAACAGGUUUUUAAUGAUCCAUUACCUGCUCAAGAAGCCCAAAGUGCUGUCGGAAGUGCUGUCUACCCAAAAAAUUAUGUUCAGCUGGGAUCUGACAACACUCUCAUCUGCCUCGUGACUGAAUUCUACCCACCUCGAGUCACAGUGAGGUGGACCAAGAACAUGAAGAAUGUGACUAGUGGUGUGACUCUGAGUCGGUACUACAUGAAUAGAGAUGGCUCCUUCAAAAUGUUCUCCAGCCUGCAAUUCACUCCUCAGGAGGGAGACAUGUACACCUGCACUGUGGAGCACGAGACACUGGAUGAACCCUUGACAAGAUACUGGGAUGUUGAAGUGUCUGAGCCCAGUCUUGGUCCAUCAGUGUUCUGUGGGGUGGGUCUGACUCUGGGGCUGCUGGGAGUGGCUACCGGAACAUUCUUUCUCAUCAAGGGAAACCAGUACAACCUGAGGCCAGAGACAAUUAAUUUUGGGGGCUGAAGUCUGUCAACAUCCAGCAAUGGUCUUUUCUGUUGCAUGGCCCAACCUUUUUAUUGCUGCCAAAAUG